GUUAAAUUUAAUCUUCCGAUUGGAGACAACGGAGAACGGGGCCCUACGUAGUGCUUCAUCACUGCGCUCUUCGCCCCGAUCUCUCAGCCUAUCGCUUAGCUUUACUGCAUCUUCACGAUUUAUCUAGGCUUGGCUGCUCCACUGUCUUACCUCCGUCCUUUUCCCCACUUUCCUGUGUCUCUGUCUUCCUCCCGACCACAGCUUGUUUUCUUCGCUGUACCUUCUCAGAACAUACACGGAACUCGACGUUUUCGCCUUUCUUGAAUUUCGGCCUCGACGGUAUCACCAUACAUAGUUCAUCGGAUCAACUCCACACUCGCAAUCACUUCUUUAUCUUCUCAGGACCCGUGGUCUCCCACCAUUUCAAUAGCUCUCUCUUUCUCCAGGCCAACUCUACGAUGGCAUCCUUCCGUCGUCCAACCACCGCGCCCUCUGGCUCUCAGGGUCGUCCGACCACUGCUCCCACCUCUUCCUUUGGUCGUCCGACCGCUGCCCCAACGUCAUCUUUUGGGCGCCCUACCACUGCACCUACAUCCCAUCUUGGUCGUCCUACUACUGCACCUACAUCCCAUCUCGGCCGUCCUACCACUGCACCUACAUCCCAUCAUGGUCGUCCUACCACCGCUCCUACUUCCAGUCUCGGUCGUCCCACCACCGCCCCUACAUCCACGCUUGGUCGUCCCACCACAUCUCCUUCCUCCUCCUGGGGUCGUUCCACAGCCUCUUCCUCUUCCCGUGGUCGUCCCACUACCGCACCCUCGCCCUCCGAACGAAAUCUCGAUACGCCCCCACUCGAGCGCCCACUCACAGCCGACCAGCGUCAACGGCUCAUGAAGUCCACGCGCAAACUCGCGAAAGUCCUCGGUACCACUCCCGUCCUCCGUCUCACACCUCCUUCCCCCACCUCCACCGCAUUCAACCCUCCUCAAAGUCGUAAUCGCACUCGCACUCGUAUCCGAAGCUCGGACAGACCUUCCACCGCUCCAACGAUCAGCUCGCAUGCGGAGGUGGAGGAGGAGAUCGUUUAUACAAAUAUCGCGCCGAAGUUCUUCCCGCCUCGUAUGGUGGCGGAGAAGCGUCCGAUUCAGAAGCCUACACCGCCGGGCGGACGGAAGGUCGAGGCCACUCAUUCGAAUAGGAGUUCCAUUAGAGAGCAGAAGCCCGAUAACGAUCAAUUGGCGCGCAGCAAUAAACGGGCCUCGCCACUCUUCUUUGCCGCUUCUGCGUUCGUUAUGCCGUCGCCGACGGCCUCGACCCCAGCUUCUCCGCCGGCACGGAUGGGCCUGAAGGGCUCCGGUCAUAGGUCGCAGAAGUCGGUGGAUAGUGAGGUUGAAGGGAAAAGGGAGGCUAAGGGCAAGGGGAAAGAGAGGUCGAGUAGCGACAGUGGUAGUUUGAAUGACUUCAUGUUUGGUGAGAGGGGCCGAACUGCUUCUACUUCUGCUUACACUCAGAGCCAGUCCGCCAUAUCAGAACGCCACCGCCACAAGAAGUCUUCUGCUUCUGAAUCAUUCCUUCCUCCACUUCCUUCCAUCCUCGAGCCCCCUUUCACCAUCGAAACGUCUUUUCCUAUCGAACCACCUUCCAGCUCCACUUCGCACCAUGCUUCGAGGCCGAACCUCAGCGUCAACGUCGAGAAAGCCCAAUCUCUUGGCCAAACCCAUUUCAACGUCUGCCUCGCCACACCCUCGUCCGAGAAAUCCGUCUCCAUCUCCGGCUCGCCUUCGUCGCCCCAUCUCAGCCCAGACCGUGCUCGCCCUUCUGCAUCCGGUCCUACUCCGAGUCCUCGUCCCACUCCUUCCAUCAGUAACUCGACCUCGCGUAAACACCGAAACCGUUCGGGAACACCCUCUCUCACACCUUCGCCAUCGAACAGCUUCCUCUUGCUUUCUCCAUCCCUCUCGCCCCGCUCUCCGGCGUUCACAGUCCGUACCUCCCGCGCCUCCAUGCGUCGCGCCUCCAUCUCUUCCACAUCUCCGAGCACACAAAGUGCUUUCUCGGACCGUGAGAAGAAGAGGAAGCAGAAGGACCUGCAGGCUAGGAGGAGGAGGAUGUCGAAGCUUGCGAGACAUUUGGGGGAGAGGCCGCCAGUGGAGUUGGUUAUGCAGGGUGCGGAAAGGAAGGCUGUUGGAGAUGUUAGUGAUGGUGAAGGCGGCAAGUGGAAUACGAGGAAGAAUAACGUGUUGUCCAUCGUUCCGCCGCUCCCGCCUGGUAUUGAGUCGAGAACGAUGGGCGUCACGAUGACUUCGACGACGCAGACGCAUGUCGAUGAUGAACGUGGUCGUGUGAGGGAGAGGAAGGCGCAACAGGCGAAUACCGAAGUGAUUGAUAUCUCUGGCGUUCCCUGUCUGCACGCCGUGCGUGGUUAUCCUCUUCCGAUUCCUGAACCCUCCCCGGCACUAUCGCAAGCCCUCGCAUCUCCACAGGCACCCUCUCCCGCCGAUCUCCGCCUACAUAUGCCGCGUAGUCCACCCAUCUCUCGUCGCCACCCAGGCUCUUAUUCACCCCAGCAUCAAGCUAGUCCUCAGCCAACACCGGACGACCGUUCGCCUUCACCCACGCAACCCAUGACUCCGUGGUCUGUACGUUGUGCGCACACACAGAGCCUCGUGCACACCCCCUUGCGCAAGAACUUCGACCCUCGUGGUCCGAUCCACUCCCAACACAUUGAUCGACCGUUCGCCAACAUUGGACCCGUCUGGGAUCCAGCUGCAGCUUGGUCCGGAGUCGGCAAUCGUGACGACGAGGCGCUCGCGCGUUGGAUACAAGAGGAACAGAUGCGAGAGAAUGAGGUUGAGGAGGACAUGAAGCAUGAAUUGGUUGAUGGUGGGUGGAUACGUGGACAAGAACACGGAAAGGCCCAAGGAUUUGGAGUUGGAGUUGGGUUGAAGAGGAAUGAGAGCGUGAAGAAUCGUGUGAAGGCAUUGUCGAGGAAGGAGAAGAGGCAGGGUUGGAGCGGGGAGUGGAAUGCGGAGAGCAUGCAGGAGGUGAUUGUCAAGCUGAGGGGAUUGAAAUGAGCUUCGGGUAAAAAUCGUGUGUACGACGGAACGCUCUGCACUACAAGUCCGUGGACCAUAUCAGCCUGAGCCCUGGGCCUGCUUACGAGGCCUUAUAUACGAGGUAGCAUGGUACCGAUUUCUUAUACUUGUUACGUCCUUCAAGUUCUGGCCGGCAGGUUCGCGUCCUCGUUGUCAUUUAUGACCGAGUCUUUGUUUAACUUAUGCUUGUGGUCGUUCAUCAUUAGCGUACAUACCUCACUGACACCAUCUUUUUCCCAUCGUCGACGUACAUAGCUAAGCUACGUGCUGAUUUUUUUUGGUUGGUCUAUAUACCUGGUUCGGACGAUAUCCAGUAAACUCACUCGUUUAUAAUCCCAUAAUCCCUACACUCCUUUAUCCAUAAUAUUAUUCAUCGGUUGCAAAUCCUCAUUUUGCAUGCCCUU